AUGCUGUGGAGCUGCGUCUCCCGACUGCCGACGCCGGGAGUCCUCUGCUGCCCGCUGGGAGGCGCGUCCCCGCUGGCGAGGGACUGGUGGCCACUGCCUAGGUCAUAUUCAUCAGAGGUUGUUCACAUGGACCAUUCUCUCCCCAACCCCAGCUGGAGCUAGGACAUGAGACUCAUUUUUGACCAGUACAUGACCAGCCAUCAUGAAGAUGGCUCUUGGAAACAUUUGCCUUCAUAUAAAUUUACAUCUUCUAAAAGGCUUGAAGAGGUCAAAAUCUUUUUUCCUGAUGUAAAGCCUGUGAAAGAAGAACCAUUGUCACAGACUCGGCUCUUUCCCAGAAGCCUUGAGGAAGGUCUGGGGUUUGAAUAUGCGAUGUUCCAUAAUCAUGUUGAAAACAGGACAGUUUGCAUAUUGCAAGGAGGUCCUUACCUGCAAGGAAUACCUGGAUUCCUUCACAGAGGUGCCAUUGCAACCAUGAUUGAUUCUACUGUUGGUAUGUGUGCAGUUUUAACUGGGGGAUCUGUCAUGACUGCCAAUCUCAACAUCAAUUUUAGAAGGCCUAUCCCCCUUUGUUCUGUUGUUGUGAUAAAUAGCCAGCUUGAUAAAAUUGAAGGAAGGAAACUGUUUGUUUCCUGUAAUGUCCAAAGUGUGGAUGAAAAGAUUCUAUACUCUGAGGCAACAAGCUUAUUUGUAAAACUGGAUCCUAAAAAAAGUUCGCCAUAAAAGUUUCUGGUGCAUUCUGCACCAACCUGCACUGGGAUCUCCUUCCCUCCAGAAGAAGCUGGUGUCUC